AUGAAAGCCCUCGUGGCACCCCGAAAAUGCCCUCCAUCAAACUACCAAGUCAUGGACAUGCCAACUCCUGUCCUCACACUACCCACCCACGUCCUGAUACAAGUCCACGCUGCGGCCGUAGAGCCUGGCGAGCUCCAAGCCAUCAACAGCCCCCUCGCAUCAUUCGCCAAUGCAACGUUCCCUUACAAAAUCGGCAUAGAAGGAUCCGGCGUCGUCGUAUCCACCGGCCCGGACGUCAAAACCUUCAAACCCGGCGACAAAGUCUUCGCCGCAGUCAUGGACAAGCCUUCAUUCAGAGUCCCCUGGCCGGGAUUCGUAGCCGAGUACGUCGUCGUCGAGGAGCGAUUCCUCCUGCACAAACCGCCCAACGUGUCGUUUGAAGAGGCCGCCUCCAUGGCUGGGGGUACCGUCACGGCAAUCCAAGCUAUCAGACGGGGCUUGCAGCUUGCCGGCCUGGAAGAUCUUCAGGGGAAAACUGUCUUUGUGCCUGCUGCGCUGGGGGCAACUAGUUCGAUUGCAAUACAAGUUGCGAAAAGGGUGUUUGGUGCGGAAAAGGUGAUAUCUACGGUUUCCACGGCGAAGGUACCUCUCGUGGAGGAGAGACUGCCUGGUAUGGUGGACACGUUGGUUGAUUAUCAGACGCAGCGUCAGGAGGAUCAUGUGCCAAAGGGGAGUGUUGAUUUCAUGCUCAACACGAAUUGGGCUACGUUGGGCGAUGGUAUUCCGCUGGUUAAUCCGACGGCGGGGGUGAUUGUGUCUAUUGCAGGUGUCCCUACGAAGGAGACGUUGCGGGAGAUUUUGGGGGACAAGUUCUCGUGGUGGAUGGGGUUGGUGUUGGAUGUGCUGCAGGUGCAGUAUUGGUGGAAGAUGCGUGGCACGAGCAUCAAGUAUGAUUAUGUGUCGGGGGGUCCGCAUGUUCGGGAGGAUCUGGAGACGGCGGGGGAGUUGAUUGCCCUUGGGAGGGUGAGGCCGGUGGUGAGGGUUGUGGAUUUGUGUGAUUUGGAGGCUGUUAGGAGGGGUUGUGAGGAGACGUGGUCUGGGAAGGGGGGCGUGGGAAAGUGUGUUAUUCGGAUUCGUAGCGGUGAAAGUGUUUAG